GAAUCGUCCUCGGUCGACAUAGACCUCGAGAAGGCGUCUCGUUCGCGUUUCAGGAUGGGAGAGUGGACGAGAAUGGCUGCUGAAGCAAAGGGACUCGGAUUGGGGAUGGGGAGAAUUGACCUCCGAGGUCGUCCUCGCCCUCCGUCUCACCUCCCGGCCCUCGACGCCCCUCGCCCCGGAUGACCUGCUCUCGCUCAAGGAACUCCACGUCCGCAUCCUCGCUCGUCGAUGCCGGGCCGGGGAAGGGAAAGGACACGAGCAUCCUUAUAUGGAUGCGCUGGCUCUGCUCUCCACUUGCAAGGAUCCGAAGAACUUUUACGGCUGGAAUCUCCUCGAGAAGCGAGAGAGAGAGAAGUCGGGAUACAGUUCGGCGCUGAGGGUGCUGGCUCGGUGCCUGGCCGGGGACGUAGUGAGCCUCCGCCACGCCCACCGACUCCUCAGGAAUCUCACCGCCGAGCGGUCGCUUCACAAAAUCGACACGCUGGGAAUGAGCAGCCUGGCGUUGAACUGCAUGAGGCGCAAGUUCCCGUCCGGCUCGCUAGAUGACAGGAGCAGGGAGAUCGCUGCUGCUCUUGCCUCCUCCCAGCGGCAGACGGACGCCAGCUUCGACUCCGAUCCCAUCACGACCGCUCUUGCCAUCCACGCGUUGAGAUGCUCUCCCCCCGUGGACUGGAACGAGUCCGGGGCGAUCCGAUUCCUUCUCGACGGCGAAGACGACAAAGAGGAAGGGAAGUUCGGAGGGGUGUGGGAGACGACGUGGGUCCUGCCUGCCAUCGCCACCAAUUCCUGCGUGAUCGACGUCUUCCAGCGCGUCUGUCCCGGUCCCGGAGAUUCGUCCGAUCCACCUCUCCGUCUCGCGUCUGACGCCGGCGGAGCGAAGACCCAACAGGAUUCCCUCGAGAUUCGGGUGAACGUGACGGUGUGGAUCGGGGCUGACAUCUCCCGCCGCUUUUCGCGGAUCGUCCAGGUCCCCGCGAAUUCAUCCGUGUUCCAGAUCCUCCUCGCUGCCGCCGCUGCCGAUUCCCGAUUCCAGUUCUCGGCUGACGUGUAUCCGUGGGGUCACAUCGUACAUACGAUCGACGGCGUGAAAUUCAAAGACGAGGGCUAUUGGUAUUGGCUUCUGUACACGAUUCCUGGACCUCCCGAGCCUCUUAAUCCUCCCAACAAUACCUUCAUUGCUGCUGGAGGUGUGGACGAUGUGAAGCCCAACGACGGCGACAACAUUCUCUUCUGGUAUCGAAACCUCUGACCUUUUCGCUGAAAGAAAGCAAACCAUGAAAACCAUUCAUUGCACUUCAA